AGCUAAGCGGCAUCUUCCCACAGCAGCUGCAGCUAGCACACAUGGACAGGACAUACGAAAUGGCCACUUCCUUCUAUUCUAAUUCUAAGCAGCAGACGUCCGUCGCCCCUAUUGCUGAAGAAGCAGAUGCUCAUCGCCUCCGCACCAGAGAACAGUUCGCCCGCGGUGCUGCUCGGAGUCGGAGGAUGGACGAAAUCCCAGCUGGUCCACCGGUCAGUGGUGCCUCCGAGAGGGCGUUGCCGGCACAAGAAAGGAGCAAGCAAGAGGCGGCAGGACAGGAACAUCACAUCCCUGUCUUCUCCAACCCCGAUCUUGGCCAGCAAGAACAGGAGGAGCAGCCAUCGUCAUGGCCAACGCCUGCUGCUCCUCCAGCUAGAGCGCCCAUGGAUGACCACAGUAAGACGCAGGCAGUCAAGGAUAGGCUGAAGGACAAGACGGCGAAGGUGGCGGCGAAGGCGGUCCGCGUUUUGUUUGGAAAUUAAGGAAAGGUAAAGUGACUAGCUACAACCCGUCGGCAAUGGUUGUGGAGGCCAGGCUCAGCGCGCAGGACAAUGGCUGUUAUAUGAUAUAAUCUCAACGAACGGUUCUUGCAUCUCUGUGUUCUUAUUAUACAACUAGGUGAGUGCCCGUGCGUUGCAACGGCAACAUGUAAUAUCACGAUGGAUUAUGUACAAAUGUGUGUUUCAUUGUUAUACUACCAUGUUCGUGCACACAAUUAUAUUUGGUACCCAUAAAAAAAUAUAUGUUCUAUACACAUUUGGAUCUUCUAUA